AUGUUAACAACAGACAACUACACGGUGUAUGCAUCAGAAGACGAGGUGUUUGAGGACGGGAACGACUACAUGUUGGUGUUGUCGUCGAUUGUGAUCAUUGGUCUUGUGGGUAACAUCGUAUCUCUGGUCACCAUACUCAACAGUCGACUCAAGAAGGUAAGUUACUGUACUCUGUAAAUACUUUUCAAUACGAUACUGUGGUUUUUGAGCAAAAUACUAUGUUUUUUACUUUGAAUGUUAGUUUUUUUACUGAGAAUCAUACUUCAAUAGGUACUGUUUUUGUAGGUAAUAGCAUAGCCAAUGUUAUUAAAGGUAUACCUUGUCUCUUGGAUAUGUUGUUGUAGGUAUAUUGUCUGUCUUAGAUCUGUUUUUGUAGACACUACCUUGUUCAUAAGACAUAGUUUUUACUACCUUCAUAAGUAGUAUUACAGUAGGAUGUUGUUGUUGGCUAUGAAUUUGCAUAAUGUUUGCAGUAAAUUAGACUUAUUGUGUAAUAGUUAAUAGGGCUGUUAGACAGUUACUAUCGUAUCUUAUUUAGUCUUAGUAUACGAGUUGCUAUGGUAUAUUUUAAGCAGUAAAAUAUUGCUCGUAUAGCGAUCAUAAUCAUCAUCGUAUCUUCAGAAAACUAUAGUAAUGUCAUGCAUACAAAUAUAUAUACAUAUUAAAGUAACCUCAUCGUAUGUUCAGGUAACAGCCAACCAGUACCUAAUAGUACUCACAGCCUCGGACUCAGUCUUCCUCGGUGGUAUGAUACUAAUCCUGUUCAAGGUCGACUACAUAAACUUUCAUUUCUGCGUAGUAAUCGAGUAUAUCUUGAUGACCAGUUCGUAUAUCAGCUCGUGGUCGAUUGUGGCAUUGACUAUCGAGCGAUACAUUGCCAUCGCUCAUCCACUCAAACAUAUGAAAGUAAAUCAAUUUUUUAUUAGUUACAUUACUGUGGAAUAUUUAAAAAGUUACUGUAAUGUAAAAUUAAGAUAUUUAGUUAUUUAAGGUUUUUGUUACAGGGAUACAGUAUUUUUGAACUACAGUACUUUUAAAAAAUUAUUUUUUGAAGUUACAUUACUCUUAAAAUGACAUUUUUUGAAGUACAGUAGCCCGCAAGUUACUGUACUUUCAAAAAAUUCAAUUUCCAAAGCUACAGUACCUUAAAACUGAUGUUGUAGUAGGUGUUAACGCCCCCAAACCCAUAGCAUUUAAUGUGGCGAUGUAUUGUUUUAGCUAUCACAUAUCCCUCGGGCCAAGAUAAUGGCCUACUGGGUGCCGAUCCCAUUUCUCUUCAACCUAAUCCAAUUUAUCACCCUCUCUCCCACCACCGCCGACCCCGACUGGCCCAACGUCAAACAAUGUGGCAUUCAGGAGGGGCCGCUUCAGGUAAUAAUGGCAUUAAAUUAACAUUAUAAUAUCAUUAUAUUAUACAUGGUAUUAAGCUGUUGGUAGACAUAAUUGUUUAGUGGUACUAAUGGUACUCAUAUUAGGGUUAUGGGACUAAUGGUUCAGAGGCAUGUUUAUGGUACCAAUAUAACAAAUAGUUUUAAGUGGCACUAAUAGUACUGAUACCAGUGUUACGAGGCUAAUAGUAUACAUAUACAUUUUUGUGGUAUAUACUAAUAAUGAUUAUAUUUUGAUGGUGCCAAGAGUACACACAAUUUUUUUUGGCUUAAUGGUACUCAUACUAGAGUUAUAGGGCUAAUAGUAAUACACAUAACUUUCUAUGAUAGCAACGGUGAUCAUGUUAUUCUUAUGGUGUUAAUUGAACACAUGGCUUAUAGUGGCUAAUGGUACUUAUAUUCUCUUAGUCUUAUGGGACUACUGGUACGCAUAGUUGUAUACUUUUUCUAAUACUACUUAUAUUAGUGUUAUAGGACUAAGAGUACACCUAAAUUGUUAUGGUAUUAAUAAUGGUGCUCAUACUAGCCCUAAGGUAUAAUAAAUAGUACACAAACUUUUAGUGGUACUAGUGAAAAUUUUAAAUUUUUAGUAAUAAUCUAGUACUUUUUUAUUUAACUAUGAGAGACUUAAGACAUACGUAUAUGAUAUAAGUUAAUGCAUUGAAAGGUUCAGUAAUAUUAAAAAAGGUUUUUUUAAUAUAAAAUUUUAAUAUAUAAUUCAAGAUGAUACAUAGCUAACUUCAAAUUAUAAUAUUACUUCUCUUUUAAAGUGCAUUAUCGUAUUUUACCUUAUCAUAUGUAAGAUACGAUAACAUAGUAAAAUGAUGAUUUUUAUCACACUACUAUGAUAACUUCUCAAUAUAUCAUCUUUAAAUUUAAAAUUUAUAUUUUGCUUUUUCGAACUGAAGGUUAAUAUAAACUGACAUAUACUACAACAUAUGUCAUUACGUAUUUCAUAAAUAAUGUGGCAUAUGAUGUGUGAUAUAGAUUACUAUAAGUAUGUGUUUCUAGAAUAAAUAAAAGGCACUCAUUUAUCAAAUGUAGUGUAAUAUUAUGGUAUUAGGUAUAACAACAUCGUUUACAGUCAAUUCUGACGGUAAAAGUGGUAUGUGACUACAUUUUGAAGUGACAUUGUCUAUAAUGUGGCUAGAAAUGUGGGUUUUGGUGCUAUAGUAAGGUACUAGAUAUAUUUGGAGCUAUAACAACAUACUAGAGAUAUAAUGAUGUACUGAGUAUAUAUAGCAGCAUACUAGAGAUAUAAAAUAAUACUUGUUAUUUAUAACAACAUACUAGGGUAACUAAAGCUUUCGUAGGUACUAUAAGAUAGGAUAAGGUGCUAUGGUACAGGUUCUACAUAUUUAUACUAUAGUAAACUUCAAAAUCCUAGUUCAGACCGCAGUAAAAUAACAUAAACACACUUUUUACUACAGUAAAACACAAGAAACAUAGCUUUCACCACAGUAAACUACCCAAAAUUACAGCUGUUACUCUAGUAAAUUCCCCAAACGUAUCUUUUACCACAGUAAAAGACUAAAAACUUACCAAGGUACUUACAGUAUAAUAAGCUACAACAAGUUGUAGGUACUUGAUAGUACGUCAUUGUGUUUUGUUGUGCACUUUCUUGGUCGUAUUAAAACUACUUGUACUUGUACGAUAACACUUUGUUAUGACACUAGACGUCACAAUGUAAACAAUGUAAACGUCUUAUGGGAUACUGACAGUGUACGUAUACUCUAGAUAAUAGGGCUGUUUCAAGGAAUGACAGUUUUUAGCGUAUACGACGUAUCGUGUAUAUUGCGGCAUUUCAUGGGUAAAAUAGAGAUAGAAAAUGAAAAUUUUGUGAAAAAAAUUAAAAGAAAAUGGCAAAAAAUAAAUAUAAUUUUAUUUUUAAUUCAUAAGUUUAUUAAAAGAUUAAAUUCAACCAAUUAACCUUUAAAAUUUUUCAGAUGACAGUAGAGAUCAGCGACGUCCUCCUCUCCUAUGUUAUGCCAUGCUUAACCGUGGUAUUCCUCAACACCUUCAUCGCAUCAACCGUCCACAAAGCUGGCAAAGGCCUCUUCGGAAGCCAAGACAACCUGUCGACUUCAGAAUCUCGCCACAACAGGAAUCGACGAUCAGGAAACUCGAAUUCUGGAUCGACCAGGAUUCUACUGGUCGUUCCCAUCGUCUACACCGUGCUGAACACACCAUUCUACUUGAUGCGGAUCAUGGAUACAUUGGCUUUGAAUCUGUUCAAUUCCAAGGCUUUUUCGAUGCAAGAAAUGGCAGAAGACCCGCUGGCGGUUUUCUUCUACAACGCCGCUCAUUACCUUUAUUACCUCAACUUUGCCAGCGAUUUCAUGGUAUAUGCGUUUACUAGGUAGAUUACUUUAACGUUUUUAUUUUUAAAACUAUUUUCUUACUUUUAUUUUAAAAAAACAAUUUAAAAAAGUUUAAUUUUAUUUAAAAAAAAUGAUUUAAAGCCACAAAAACUGACUGCACUGUGCAGUUUUUUUGAAACUCUGAGAACUUUUGAACCAGCUUGAUAUUUUUGGAGUUUUUUGUGUUUAGGGCUAGUAGUUUAUGUUGUCUAAAUUGGCUAACGUUUGUUUUUAAAAAUAGCUAAACAAAAACUAAUCCCCCGAGGCUUCUAAUUUCCUGCACCGUGCAAGAGUAAACAUGGUAUAAUGCACGGUGCAAUAAUAAGAAAAUUCAAAAUUAAAAAAUUGUUUUUCAUUUCGAAUAAAACUAAUUUUAAGUUAUUAUAUCAAGCCAUUUUUGAAUUUACGGCUUAAACUUAUAUUAUAGUAGGUUAUACUAAGUUCUCCCUUUAUCACAGUAAAAAGAUGAUGUAAUCCUAUCAUUUAUCAGACUUUUUACGUGUUUGUACUAAGCUUAAGUUAAUUUUUUCUAUUUCUCAGUGUCUACAUAUGUUGAUGUCUGCAAAGUCUAUUUCCAUCUUUAUUUAUAUGUUGUUGUAGGUAAUAUUAAUCCCUUUCUUCCGGGGAUUUGAGCACUGAGAGGGCGUUUGUACUUAGAUUAUCGUGUAUGGCUUCUCGCUGCAAUUACCACGGUAAACAACACGUGGGGAUCUUGCAAUUGUUGCAAGUAGUGGGUUCAAUCUUGUUGUAGGUAGAUGUUAAGAAUAAUACCACAGUAAUUUGUGUUACUGAGUUGAAGAUAACAGUAAUUUAAGUUAGUAAGAGUAACUUAACAGUAAUUUUUGUUACUAGUAAUAAUCACGGUAAUAUAGUAAUAUCACGGUAAUUUAGGUUACUAUGGUUAAGAUAACAGUAAUCUAGGUUAAUAUAAGUGAUAGCGCGGUAACUUAAACUACUGUGUUUGUUACAGUCAGUCCACUAGGUUCAAACUUUACUAUCAUAUGUAAUAGUAAGCGUAGAUACGUUGUAGUAAGUUCAAAAGCCGUACAAUUACACCUUAUGGUUACAGUAAAUUUACAUUACUACAACCUCUAUGGUAAAGGUACUGUAUUUUGCAUUAUCACACUAUAAACAGUAUUUUUUUACUGUAUAAACAUAAGUUAUUAGCUAUAGUUUUCUAAAAGUACGUAUAUUAUACUAACUUACUCUUUUUUACCACAGUAAAUUAUUGAAUGUAACAAUUAACCAAAUUACUGUGACAUAUAAUACCUCGGUAAACACUGUAACAUGUACUAAAGCAUAAAGUUACUACGGUUCUAUAAUGAGAUGUUUAAACAGUAAUCAUCAUAAUUGUUCUGUCUGGUUCGUAUCUUCCAAUUACUGUGACAGUAAAACUAUAUUUACCGCGGAGUAAACUGCGGUUUUGUAUAGUACAUAGUAAAACAUGACUGUAAAAUCGGUCUUUCUUACUUUGUCAGGCUAGGUGAGCUUCUACUAACCUUUUCCUCUCCCAUCCCCCCCCUUUAUUACCAUACCCUCCCCCUUACCAUCAUGUACAACAUUUCACCCCACCGUAACUCCCACUCACUCAAACGGUUGCGGAAGUCGUCUAAGAUAAUAUAAUAUUGUUGUCCCUAAUUUGUUCCAUUCAAAAGCCUUGUUUACUGCUUUUGUCAGGCACAACAACAUCGUAUCUUGGCCUUUGAAUGUAGUUACUGUUAGUGCGCGAAAGUAGUUAUUAGGACAAGCAAUGUUUAGAGUGAAGUUUUCAUACAACUUCCUUAUUAGGGCAAAAAGGCUUUCGUCGGUCAGAAAGUUCUUAGAAGUGUUUGAUUUAGCUAUUUUGGGUCUUUUUCGCAGUUUCUCUAUAAACUUUUUGACCUCUAUACAGAAAAGGCUAAGGUAUAAUAGUACAACUUUUUUGUAUACUUAUUUUAAUUUAAAAAUCAUUUUUCAAAAAAAGAAACAAGUUAUACGAUGAAAAGUGUCCUAUGUAUGUUUCGACCGUAUAAUUCUCAAAAAACUGCCAUUUCUGACCUAAUAUCACAAGAUCUGACCAAAAAACAAAAGUUUUUGUUGACUCAAAGCUAAAAGGAAGUUUGUCGUCACUCAUCCUUGUCAUAAUGACUACAAUUACAAGCAACAUGCCCUCGAAAACAGUAAUUUUAAGAUGUAAUCUUUGAACAUACGAUAAUCACCUUAGCGCAGUAAACAACAAUAACUUAGUGAGUUCGCACUCUGCCAAAAGUUCUCGGAUCUGAUUACUGCCACAGUAACGCCGUUAAAGGACAUUCCAUUAACGCUAUGUCAGGUUUUUACUCUGUAAAGGCGGAAUUACAUUACUGUAAUUAAAAAUUUACAGUAAAAUUUUAAAAAAUCAUAAAAUACGACUUAUAUUUGCAUAUAAAUGGCAAUUUUACUAAUUUAAACGUAUUUUAGUGCCAAUUUCCGAAAAAGCGUGACGAUGGCAUGGGCGCAGCUGUUGUGUCCUAAGUGGGCCGCUACCAAGUACCACCGUGAGAUCGAGAAUACUUUGGUCAGUCAGAGGACACAGGUACCCUCAUUCCGACAUUCUCAUGUCAAAUCAGCCAACAAUACACCUACUGAGCUGUGA